UCGUGCUACGCCGCCGCCCUCCUCGGCGCCGCGCUCGCCGCCUGGCAGGAGAACGUCAGGCCCAAGAUGUACGUCCAGCUCGGUGCGGAGGACGUGUUCAGGUUCACGGGAAACGAGACGCACACGGAUUACUUUCGACUGGUGCUCAGGGACGGGAACUACCUGCUGGUCGGAGGAAGGAACCUCGUGCACAACCUCAGCCUGACGGAUCUGACCGAGCAGCAGAGGCUAACCUGGUACUCGCCGAAGACGGACGUCGAGAUGUGCGUGAUGAAGGGGAAGGACGAGGAGAACUGUCAGAAUUACGUGAGGAUCUUGGCGAAGACCGGGCCGAGCAGUCUCCUGGUCUGCGCGACCAACGCCUUCAAGCCAAUGUGCCGGGAUUACGUGGUGCAUCCAGGGAAUUACACGGUCGAGAAGGAGAGGACGGGCCAGGCCAUGUGCCCCUACGACCCCCAGCACAACAGCACCUUCGUAUACGUGGACGGCGAGCUGUACACGGGGACCGUGGCCGAUUUUUCGGGCAUGGACCCCAUCAUCUACAGGGGCCCCCUGCAAACCGAGCAAUACGACUCGAUGAGUCUCAACGCGCCAAAUUUCGUCAACUCCAUGACCCAGGGGGAGUUCGUCUACUUCUUCUUCAGGGAAACGGCCGUGGAGUACAUAAAUUGCGGCAAGGCCGUGUACUCUCGCGUGGCGAGAGUCUGCAAGUCCGACCGUGGCGGUCCGCACCGUUUCAGACAGAGGUGGACAUCUUUUUUAAAAUCCCGCCUCAACUGUUCAGUCACCGGUGACUUCCCGUUUUAUUUCAACGAAAUACAGUCCACGACCGAACUGAUAUCGGGCCAAUAUGGCAGCGUGUCCGCCCAGCUGAUAUACGGUACGUUCACGACUCCAGUGAACAGUAUAAGUGGAUCGGCCGUUUGCGCGUUCUCCCUGCAAGACAUAGCCGACACCUUCGAGGGGAACUUCAAAGAACAGAGCGCCCUCAACUCGAAUUGGCUGCCCGUCCAGAGCAACAAAGUACCGGACCCCAGACCCGGGCAGUGCGUCAACGACUCGACCACCUUGCCGGACCUGACUCUGAACUUCAUUAAAAGCCAUUCCCUGAUGGACGAGUCGGUCCCGAGCUUCUUCGGGCAGCCCAUCGUCAUUCGCACCAGUUUCCAUUACAGGUUCACCCAGAUCGCGGUCGACCCGCAAGUGAAGACCCCGGGCGGGAAGACGUACGACGUGCUGUUCAUCGGCACCGACAACGGAAAGGUGAUCAAGGCGGUGAACGCGGAGUCGGCGGACAGUCAUCAGAGAGUGAGUCCAGUGGUGAUCGAGGAGAUCCAGGCCUUCCCGGCGAGCGUGCCCGUCCGGGGGAUAAAGGUGGUGCGCGCCUCCCAGACCGGGGACGGCCUCGAGGACGGCCGCCUGGUCGUCAUCGCCGACAGCCAAGUCCAAGCCCUCAGGUUGCACAGGUGUUACAGCGACAGGAUACUCUCCUGCGGGGAGUGCGUCGCCCUGCAGGACCCCUACUGCGCCUGGGACAAGGUGGAGGGCAAGUGCAGAGCCCUGGUCGGUCCGGCUGCCACGGACGCCUCCAGGUUCCUGCAGAGCGUGGCGACCGGGGCUCACGCCUCCUGUCCUCCCAGCAAGAUCCUCAACAAGGACGCCAGCAGCGUCGGGGCUAUCUCCGCCAACCAGAACAAGUUCCCACCGGACUCCAUGAUGCCCAACAAGGAGAGUCAGGGCGGCGAGAUCAUUAACAUCAUGCAGGACGAGGAGCGGGACAGCUCGGGUCCCGAAGUAUCCGCCGCGGAUUCACCGCCUCCCCAGUACUCGGUCGAGACCCUGGUCAUGGCCGUCGUCGCCGGGGCGUUGGCAGCUCUGCUGGUCGGCUUCAUCGCCGGCUACCUGUGCGGCAGGAAGUGCAGGAAAGACGAGGACGACAAUCUCCCUUACCCCGACACGGAGUACGAGUACUUCGAGCAGCGACAGAACGUCAAUAGGUUGGCGCCGGAGCCGAAGCUGCUGCCGCAGGAGGAGGUGACGUACGCAGAGCCCGUGCUGAUGCCGCAGCCGCCGAAGUUGCACUCGCCCAAGGGGACGAUGCGCAAGCCCCCGCCCACGCCCGCGGAGACGCUCUUCCAGUUCCCGGACGGCUACGGGUACGGGCGGGGCCCGAGGGACAACUUCGGCACGCUGCGCUCCCACCAGGGCGACGCGUACCGGCGCAACGACGGCUUCGCCACCACGAGGAGCGUCAAGAAGGUCUAUCUUUGAGAAACGAGCGAGGAGGGGGGAGGCCGCCACCGAAGCCUAGG